AGAGAGAGAGAGAGAGAGAGAGAGAGAGAGAGAGAGAGAAAGGAAACAGUGCUGCUGGGGGGCAAGGGGCCACUUGGAGAGCUUUGAGUGUGUGUGUUACCCCCCCCCUCCUCUCACUUUCACUGCCGUCUCGUGGCCUUGCCUCACCGCUGGGAGUGCUCAGAUGGAGGGGGUCCAGACGAACGGAGAGGAACAGGGGCAGCAGGAGGAGGCUGCCCCGCUCUCUGACCAGGACAAGGAUGUGAUCCAGGACACCUGGGCUGUGGUCUUCGAGAACGGCGAGGAUGCAGGGGUCGCCGUGCUCACCAGGCUGUUUGUGAAGUUCCCUUCAUCCAAGCAGUACUUUAAGCACUUCAAGCACAUGGAGGACCCUGAGGAGAUGGCCCAGAGCACUCAGUUUAGGAAGCACGCCAUGACGGUCAUCAGUGCCAUCAACACCCUGGUGGAGAACAUCCACGAUGCUGACAAGGUGGCCACAGUGCUGAAGCGGGUGGCCAAAGCACAUGCACUCCGGCAUAAAGUGGCUCCUGGAUACUUCAAGAUCCUUGGAGGAGUGAUUCUGGAAGUGCUUGUGGAGGCCUUCCCAGACACAUUCCUUCCUACCGAAGUCCAGGGGGCCUGGUCCAAACUCAUGGGUGUCCUCUACACCAGCGUGUCUGCCGUCUAUGCUGAGCUGGGGUGGGUAGACCACCAGCCCCACUGACACCAACUCAGGCAUGUUUUGUGUGGGGGCACCUGAGGCAAAAUCACACCAAAGUCUCGACGGACUUAUCAGGUAGACAUCUUUGAUUGACGUCCCCAUUGCUCCUGCACAGAGGACAUCCAUGUUCAGUGUUGGUGUAUAGGGUCAGCUUCACAUUCCUUCCCACCCACCAUAUACUUCUGGGGGACUUUUCUCAUGCCACUGACCAACAGGGGAGCACUGACAUGGAAUGUAUGGCCAUGUUCCUGUGUUAUGCAAACAAGCUUGUGUGGGGUGUGUGGGGUGUGUGUGUGUGUGGGGUGUGUGUGGGUUGUGUGUGUGUGGGUUGUGUGUGUGUGUGUGUGUGUGUGUGUGGGCUGAUUGUACAUAAGGGAGGGAGAGAGUGUUUCUAUAGUCGAAGUACUGAAAUAGAUUCUCUUGUUUAUCCUGAAGAACAUAAAAUGCACAGGACUCCAUUGCCGUCUCCUCUUUCUUCAUAUUGAACUUUGAUGGUGUGAAGCAAAAUCAUAUGAGGAAGAUAUUUAUUUGUAAUGGAUUCCUUCAAUGCGAUUGUCAUGAUGACACACUGACAACAACAAACAAAAUCAUAUCAGUAAUCUACCAAAGUCCUGCCCUCCCCUUUAUAAACUGCUUUCUAUGGAUAUCUAUAAUAAUGUUUAUGACAACCAAUCACUCAUUUCACCUAACUAUUUUGUAAUCAGUUCUUUGAGCACUGGGCUAUUUAAUCUCUUACAUCCGUUUGUGCUGUGAUUAAGUAAAUGUUUGUGUGUACAAACUUGUCUGUAUCCACAUUCCUACAGCUGCAGUGUCAGUUGAAGGCAGAUAAGCUUCGGAAUGGAUGAAGCAUUUUUUGCUUUGGCACGAAUUUGACCGCUAAGUGACCACUAUAAUUUUUGUGCAAAUAACUCUGUCUUUUUGUAUCAUCAUGAAACAUUCCAUGGCUGAGUGGCAUAUUUGACCUUGCGCAACAAAGCGCUGGAAUCUCACCUUAGGAAUUUUUUAUUGACCGUGUAGAUCGUAAGACUUACAGCAGCUGGACCCUUACAACACAUGUUGAUGAUAUCGCUGUUCUCUGUAAUUUAUGAUAUUUGUAUUAUGAAUCAUUCAUGUAUUAUGUCAUUUGCAGCCUAUGCCCCCUGAGAUUUUAGAAGAAAUGUUGAUGUACAUGUGUUGUGUUGUUUUGUUCUCAUACAUUGUUUAAUUUUGAUUGAGACUCAAUGUUUGCCUAUUAACACCCUUAAACAACGAAGUAAAUUUUUGCAAAAAGAUAUUACACAGUUCUGAGAUAUUGACACAUACAGUAUUCUAGGAAAUGUAGCCUGUGUUAUAAUAUUGUUUUAAAAUUGUUGAUUGUCAUUUGGAUGAUGAGCAGUAUCAUUGUCUUUAUGGCAUAUACUCAUUGUCUAUAUGGCUACUGUAUACUCUGUCUGCUGCAAAUGUGUAUAUAUAUAUUAUCUCUGAAAUAAAACAAAAA